UGGAUUGAAUUCAACAAUAAAAAUAGACUUAAUUAUUGUCGGAUCGGUAGCUGUUUCUAAGCAGGUAUCGGAUCGGCAAAGGAGAGGGUUAUGCAGAUCUGGAGUACGCAAUGCUGGUCAGUACGGGUGCUGUGGAUCCGUUGACUACACUUGUGAUGACAACAGUACACGACUGUCAGCUCUACGACAGUUUGCCAACCGAUAUGUUUGGCGAACACGACCUGACCGUCGAUGUGAUCGCAACUCCGACUCAACUGAUUCGCUGCGAACCACGUCUUCCCAAACCAAAGGGCAUUAUUUGGUCACUUCUGACGAGUGAACAGUUGGAAAAGAUACCAAUACUCAACACAUUCAGAGAUAUGGACCAAAAGAAUGGCAAAAAUGUUGUUUUAAAAGAUUACUUUAAAUAAAAAGAUUUAUUUAACUAAUUUCUUAAGUAAUUUAAAAACA